AUGGGUGCUGAUGGUGAGUACGAGCAGGAGGUGCAGUGGAAGUCAACUCAGACGGAAAAUGUGCUACUCACGGUCGACAAAGGCACUCAAACUGUGGAAGAGUAUGAAGUGCCCGUGUAUCCCGAUGUCACGGACAAUGCGGAUGCCACUCGUCUGAAGGAGUGGAUAGAGGAACUUUUUAAGCUCAAGCUGCCGAGGAAGGCUUCGAGUGCUCCACGCUCUGGUGAUGCCAUGCAUGCGAUGCUCAAGCUUUCAUCAGCUAGACAUUUGAUGGAGUGGCGCACAGCUUGA